UGGUCUCCGCUCUGGCCUCUGAUUGGACACACCUUCCUCCGGACUCACGCCCUCUCACUGUUAUCCGGACGGGGAGGGGCCUGCGCCGCGUUUUACUCAUGAUUGGCUCAGAAUCAGAAAAUGUACAGCUUUAUCUCCGCAGGUUUGAGGAGCACACCGCGUGUUAUAAAUAGAGCCAAAAUGAGCACAGAGGUCCGGCCACCGCUCCAUGACCACUGUGAGAAGGAUGGUGCAGCAAGCUCUCCGAGUGUCCGGCCGCGGCGUCUCCCCACUGCUCAAGUGGAUGGAGAGGUGCAGCGAGGGCGCGCCAGCCGGCGCGGCGCGCGGCGCGCUGCACGAGCUUAAGACGCUGCAGCAGAUGCCCGGACCGUCCGUGUCCAGCUUCGCCUGGGACCUGUUCGCAAAACGGGGGCUGUCGCGUCUGCACGAGUUACAGCUGGAAGGCCUGCAGCGCUAUGGCCCCAUGUGGAAGGCAAGUUUUGGCCCCAUCCUCACAGUGCACGUGGCUGAUCCAGCACUCGUCGAGCAGGUGCUGAGGCAGGAGGGUCAGCACCCCAUGCGCUCUGAUCUCUCCUCCUGGAAGGACUACAGGAAACUCAGGGGGCAUCACUAUGGACUCUUGACAUCAGAGGGGGAGGAGUGGCAGGCGGUGAGAAGUCUUCUGGGGAAGCACAUGCUGCGGCCAAAGGCAGUGGAAGCUUAUGAUAAGACCCUGAACGGCGUGGUCAGUGACCUCAUUGCCAAACUUCGCUUCAGCAGACACCCGCAAGGCCUCGUCACCGAUAUCGCCAGCGAGUUCUAUCGCUUCGGCCUCGAGGGCAUCUCCUCAGUGCUGUUUGAGUCCAGAAUCGGUUGCCUGGAUCGGGUUGUUCCCGAAGAGACAGAGCGUUUCAUCCAGUCCAUCAACAAAAUGUUUGUGAUGACACUUCUCACUAUGGCGAUGCCAAGCUGGUUACACCAGCUGUUCCCCAAACCCUGGAGCAUCUUCUGUCAGUGCUGGGACUACAUGUUUGACUUUGCAAAAGGUCACAUCGACCAGCGUCUGACUACCGAAGCGGAGAAAGUUGCUCGUGGGGAGAAGGUAGAGGGCCGCUAUCUCACCUACUUCCUGUCCCAGACGGGCCUGCCCAUAAAGACCGUCUACAGCAACGUCACAGAGCUGCUCCUCGCGGGAGUUGACACAAUCUCCAGCACUAUGUCCUGGUCCCUGUAUGAGCUGUCCCGUCACCCCGAGGUGCAGGAGUCGCUCCGCAGCGAGGUGCUGAACGUACUGCAGGGUCGACGGGUGGCAGAGGCGGCAGAUGUGGCUCACAUGCCUCUCCUGAAAGCCACAGUCAAAGAAGUGCUCAGGUUAUACCCUGUCAUCCCUGCAAAUGCAAGAGUCAUCACAGAGAGAGACAUCCAGGUCGGAGGAUACCUCAUCCCGAAAAAUACUCUAAUUACCCUCUGUCAAUUUGCAACAUCCCGGGAUCCGGCAGUGUUUCUGAAUCCAGACAAAUUCCAGCCUCAUCGGUGGUUGAACAAGGAUCAGACUCAUCACCCAUACGCCUCUGUGCCGUUUGGUGUAGGAAAACGCAGCUGCAUAGGUCGUCGCAUCGCUGAGCUGGAGCUCUAUCUGGCACUUGCCAGGAUCCUCGUAGAGUUUGACGUGAAGCCAGAUCCAGAAGGGGUUUCUGUGAAGCCCAUGACGCGAACACUUCUAGUUCCUGAAAAUGUCAUUAACCUCCAGUUUGUUGAACGAUGACCGACUCGGUCGAGCUCCAACAGUUACGUGACAUGCGAGUGUGAGAGAGAGAGAGAGAGAGAGAGAGAGAGGGAGAGAGAGAGCACUGGCAGGUGGCGUUAUCACAGGAACCGUGAGUGUGGUGCACACAGUGGAUCACAGACCUUCACCCUCCAACACCACUGAGACCACAGCGCUCCGCUCCUGUUACCACGUCUGUACAGGCGGACAUAUAGUAUGUAGAAGGACAAUCAUGAGUGAUGACUCAACGACUAAAGCUUUCCACUGGGAGAGGUGAAGCUCCAACUUUAAUACUGUAUUUUUUAAAAGGAAAUGACCAUUAAGCACUUAAGUCUUUGCACAAGCAAAUCUGUGAUCUUCAUUUAAUUUCACACAGCGUUUCAUUUCUGUCCUUAAAGUGAGUCAGACUAGAAGUAAAAGGAUAUUUAAAGUAAGUCGUUCCUAAUGAUCCUUGAUUCAUUCAUUCAUUCAUUCAUUCAUUCAUACGCACAACAUGACAGUAUCAAGCAUUCCUGUCUUACAUUUUUCUUAAAGUCUGAGAUACACAGUGCACUGUAAAUGACUCAGGACCUCAGACCGGCACAUGAUGGAGACACUGUUUUUAUAACUUCCAGCUCUUAUCGCUACUGUGAGAGAGUGAAAAUGUCGAUAAUCUCUUUGACUUAUUGAUAAGUGUAUUUUAUUAAGGUCCUUUUGACCCAUUUCUCUGUGCCAAGACUUUGGCAGCUGUUAUAAAUACAUAGUGCCACUGAAAUCUCAUAAGUAGGCGACUCUGCACUCAGGCUUUGUACAAAUGUAAAUUGUAUGUCACAAUUCAUUGUUGCAGCACAGAGCUGCAAAGUUGAUAUCUUAAAUGUGUUUUUAUUUUUUACAUCUCAACCCACAAGUGACAUGUAGUGUCACCAUUUUGUAAACUUGUUAAACUUCUGUAUUUAUUUUUGUAAUUUAACAGCUGUUGAAACUCUUACUGUAAAUGUAAAUAAAAAAAGGUUUCAA